GAAUAGUUUACCCGGUUAGGUAAUUUACACCAUCAUUUUUGACGCCACCCGUGGGACCGUUAAGGUUUCUUUUCAUCUAAACACAAACCUACCCACAAAAACACCACUCAAAAUGUCUUCAAGCCAGCAAAUCAACGCUACCUCUGCUUAGGUGCAAGCCACCACUGAGGGGGUCAGCAUCCCCAUGGUUGCGACCCAACCGGCUGUUUCUGCUCCCGUGUUGCCGUUGGGUCUGAGUUCAAUCCCAACACCCAGCGUGGUCAGCCCGUUCACGAUCCCUGUCCCUUCUGCUGGACCGAGGGUCAAGUUCCCACCAAGCAUGACCCGGUUCAUGAAUGACCCAGCCAAUCUACAGGUCAUCCAAGGGUUUGGCCAGGUCAUGGCCAUGUGUCAUCAGAAUGGGGGAUGCCAUUCCUCACAGGCAUCUUUCCAUUUGCCCUCCCAGGCGCUGGAACAAUGCCUCUGCAAACUCCGAUGGCGGCGUCUCCCUUCUAGACGCCGGUACCACAGCCAUCGCCUUUCCAGCCGCAGUUGUGGUGAUGAAGAGUGGGACGUCCCUAGAGCCCACAAAAGGAAGAAGGGAAAGGCCCUCAGGGCGGAAACUUCCCGGAACUCUGCCUUCCAAAGGUUGGGGGACAGGGAAGAAGGUCAGAGGAAGUCAGCCAAGUUAAGAUUGGGGCAGAGCGUUGCCCAUGAAGAAGAAGCAGAAAGCCAACCCCGUGGGCCGGUGGCUAACCGUCUAACCAUCCCGAAUGAUCGCGUCCAACAGAUGGAGGCGAAACUAGAGAGGUUGGAGAAGAAAGCAGGGGAGAAGAAUGACCGGGAUAAACCCCUCGCCGGGUCCCCAUUCACAACAAGGGUCCAUCUGACACGUUUCCCACGUAAGGUCAAGAUAGACACCCCGAGGUUCACCGGGAAGGAAGACCCAGAGAUCCACCUGGAUUUCUUCAACCAGAGUGCAACCAUGAACGGAAGUAUUGAUUCAUUCAGCGAUUUGGCCUCAAAAUUCAAGGCCAAGUUCCAGGAAAAUUGUACUAAGAGGAACAAAUUCACCUAUCUUAGUACAACCGGGCAGAGGGAAUCUGAGAACCUCACUCAGUUCCUUACCCAGUGGAAGGAAGAGGUAGACAAGGAAGCCUACCAUACGGCAUGGGAAUUCGCGGAGGCAGAGACCCAGCUCCGGGCAAAGAAAGAAGCUGAGCAUGGCUUCAAGCCAAAGCCUGUGCAAAUCAAGAAGGAAGAGGCACCGGGAUCUAUCCGGCCAAGGCAUCACUAUGACACGGUUGUCCGCGUGGUCAAUACAGAAGAGUGCCAGGCGGUAAGGAAAGCACUGGUCAAUCCUCUAGAAAAUCCUACCGGUCAAACAGGACGACAAUGGUCGGGCACGUAUUGUUCGUUCCAUAGGUCAGAUUCCCAUAACACUUCCGAGUGCAAGAGUGUUAAGGGAGUCAUCCGGAAAAUGAUAGACAGCGGAGAACUGGGCGAAGACUAUAUGCAAAAAGCCCAAGAGAAGAGCCACCAGUGGAUCAGGCCAGCAGCCCAGGGGAAUGACCGGGACAAUGACCAGCGGAGGAACAACCGGAAAAGGGAGCAGCAGCCUGCUCUUGAUAAAGAACACAUUGGCAUGAUAUUUGGCGGACCUGAAGGUGGAGAUUCAGUCGCGCAACGAAAGAACUGGGUCUGCAGCAUUUACGUUGGAGAAGUAAGUGCUGACCCGGUCAGGCGAAAGCAAAGGAGAAGGGAACCGAUCGUCUCCACCGACCGGGACCUUCCAGCUACCGGUGAAGAUCAUAAUGAUCCUUUGGUUAUCACCAUGGACAUUAACGUGGUGGAUGUUGCCCGGGUACUAGUUGACACCGGCAGCAGUGUCAACAUUUUGUACUUGGAGAUAUUCCAAAAACUCAGGUUGUGUCGGACACAACUCGAGCCCCUCAAGACUCCUCUCUCAGGCUUCACGGGAGACACCAUGGAAGCGGAAGGACCCAUAGUCCUACCGGUCGAACUCGAGUCGGGGGACAAAACCGUGUGGAAGAAGAUGCGGUUCAUCAUUGUGGACAUCAAAUACAACCUCCGGUUGAAUCCUAAGAAAUGCGUCUUCACGGUUCGCACCAGGAAGUUCUUGGGAUUCAUGGCUACCAAGAGAGGAAUAGAGCCCAACCCAGAAAAAAUCCGGGCUAUCACCGAAAUGCAAGCCCCUACCUCUGUUAGGGAUGUUCAAAAGUUGACUGGCUGUCUGGCGGCCCUCAGCUGGUUUCUUUCCCGGUCAGCUGAGAGAUCCCUGCCCUUCUUCAAUGUCCUGAAGAAGGCCAACACGUUUGCAUGGGACGAAGACUGCCAGAAGGCAUUUGAGGAGCUGAAGGAGUACCUAGUGUCAGAUAUUGUAUUGUCAAAACCUGAACAAGGUGAAACUUUGUAUCUGUACCUAGGGAUUUCCCCAAAUGCUGUAAGCUCCAUUUUAAUAAGAGAUGAUGGGGCACAAAAGCCCAUUUAUUAUGUGAGCAAAGCACUAAACGGAGCAGAAAGUAGAUAUACGACGAUAGAAAAAACAGCCUACGCACUUUUCAUCUCUGCAAAAAAGUUAACAUCCUACUUCCAAGCUCACCCGGUGGAAGUCUUGACUGACCAACCGUUGGGAGCAGUAUUACAAAAUUCAACAUCCUCUGGGAGGAUGGUGAAGGGGGCAAUGAUGUUAACUCAAUUCAACAUUGGGUACCGGCCAAGAUCAGCAAUCAAGGGACAAGCCCUUGCAGAUUUUCUGGUAGAAAUGACCGGUCUAACUCCAGACCUACCGGUCAACAAACCCACUGAACAAUGGUGGGAGAUGGCAGUAGAUGGAGCAUAUGGUCCUAAAGGGUACAGGGGUGGAAUAUUGUUUACCACCCGAGAAGGCUUCAAGAUCUACCAUGCACUCGUCUUCAACUUCAAAUUAACAAAUAACGAGGCGGAAUAUGAAGCUCUAGCUGGAGGGCUCAGACUCGCUCAAGCUCUCAAAAUCAGCAGCGUUAGUAUCAAAUCUGACUCUAGCCUGAUUGUUGGGCAGGUGACCGGUAAUAUGGAAGCAAUACAAGGACCUAGUUCUUGCCUUGUUGAAGGGCUUCGAAGAAUUCAAGAUCGCCCAAAUUCCCCGGGCGGAAAACGUGGAUGUAGAACUUCUCUCCAAAUUGACGCGGUAUGCCCCUGAGCAUGUUUCAAAACUUGCCCGGGUGGAGAUCCUUGAUCGUGCCAGCAUAGAGAAACUGGAAGUCGCCACUAUAGCAGCAGCAGGCCAAUCUCACCGGUCAAACACGGUCGGGGCAGAUGACCAUUGGAUGAGCGACCUUAUGAAAUAUUAGACGGAUGGAAGCCUGCCAGACCAAGAUGACCGGGCAAGAAAAGUGAAGCUCAGGG